AACGUCACACUGAACAAGAUGGCGUGUGUUAGCAGAGUCUCUUUGUUGUGUUUUUAAAGUGUGAACAUGUCUAAAGUCCAAAUGCUGAGAUCGUUGGUGAAGCAGCGACUAACUGCGGCUGCUGAAGAGAUAUUUGGGCUGUUUGAAAGAACGAUAGCAGAGUACGAGGAGGAACUUUGUCGAUCAAAAGAGGAGAACGAGCGACAACGGAAACUACUGGACGCUGCUUCCAACCCUCAGCUUCGGUUACACAGAGCAGACGUCCAGCAGCUGUUGGUGGUUAAAGAAGAGGUUCCCCCUGAGCAGCAGGAGUGGAGCUCCAGUGUGGACCAGGAGGACCCAGAGCCUCCACACAUUAAAGAGGAACAGGAGGAACUCUGGAUCAGCCAGGAGGGAGAGCAGCUUCAAGGGCUGGAGGAGGAUGAUAUCACCAAGUUCACAUCCACUCCUGUCCCUGUGAAGAGUGAAGAUGAUGAAGAGAAACCUCAGUCCCCACAGCUUCAUCAAAGACAAACUCAGCAGAUAACAACAGAAGUGGAAGGAGAGGACUGUGGAGGAGCAGAACCAGCCAUGAAUUCAGAUUUGGAUAAACAUUUACAACCUGAGACUGAUGAGAGUGAUUAUUGGAAGGAGCCCAGAGAACCUCAGUCAUGUUUAAACUCUCUGAAAAAUGAUCAAGUCCCUGUCAAUGAUUUGAUUGUUGGUGAGAAACGAUUUAGCUGCUCUGAAUGUGGCAAAAGAUUUGGUUACAGUGGAGAUCUGAAGAAACACAUGAGAUCUCAUACAGGAGAGAAACCAUUUAGCUGCUUUGAGUGUGGCAAGAGAUUUGGUCGUAAUGGAGUUCUGAAGAUACACAUGAGAUGUCAUACAGGAGAGAAACCAUUUAGCUGCUCAAUUUGUGGGAGAUCAUUUACACAAAAUGGAAAUUUACGGACACACAUGAAAAUUCAUGAGGGAGAAACGUGAUUCAGCUGUUCAGUCUGAAAUUUUAUUUUUUUUUAAUUUUAAUUUAUUUUUAAUUUUUAAAUACUUUAUUAAUCCCUGAGGGGAAAUUCAAUUUUUUUCACUCUGUUGUCAGUUACACACAGGUCUGAAUACAUACAGGACCUAUACAGAGUUUGGAGUAAGAUUUCAAAAACACUCAUGACUGACACAGACCCAAACAUUUAUGUUUAUAUGUUUGUAUUUACUUACUUACUUAUUUACUUACCAAGAUCAGUCUUGUACAGCCAGGGGGAGUAUUUACCCUCUGACAGCCAAGCUGGGUCAAAACCUGUUAUCCGGUGGUGACUGGACUUUUGCUGCUUGUCAGGGGCAGGGCAUGUAGCACUGUGGCUCUUUCCUGUACUUGGAUCCAGAGCAGGAGAGCUACUCUGGCUGCUAAAUUGUAAAGUUGAUUUGAUCAUAGUUUGCUUUUAAGAAAUCUGCACAAAAUAACCCAUAAUGAUGUGAAUGAAGUGAAAACAUUUUUCAGACAUUUUUGUAAAUUUAUAAAAAAAAAAAAUGUAAUCAUCGCUGAGUGAUCUUCAUGACUCAGCCUUCAUUUGGAAUUGUGUGUUAUCAGCUUU